GAUAGCUACUAACAGAUGGCCAUGAUGCAUCCAAAUGAUGAAGUAUCACACAUAAUUGGCCAUUCCAUCACUCUAUCUACACAGAUAUCAUAAUCUAGUCAGGACAUUCCGCUUUUAAAAUUCAGACUUUUGUUGUUUACUCAAAAUACACCGAGAAAGUGAAUGAGUCAGAUCAUAGGUUGGGGGGAAUUUGUUUCAUUACAGAGGCAAGAAAAAUUAUAAAAAAAAAAAAAAAGGACCAGAAGGGCAAACGAUGUUACUAGUUUUUACAGCCUCAUAAUUAAUCAGUGUCAGGACAAGUGAGAACAGAGACCUUAACCUCAACACAUAUAUAUCAGCACAAGGAAUUCCAAAUGUAACAACAGCUCAGUUUUUUUCAGUUGCAAAAACAUAUAUUUUAAUGGAAAGAGAGAUACUGACGAAGACGGUGAGAAAUAGAGAUGCUUCUUUCUCAUCCUAUCUCAGACCAGAUAACAAGGCAACACCAAUUACUACUGCUGCACCUAUUGAAGAUGCCACUACUGAGCUUAGCAUAUUCGAUGCUCGCAAAUACUUCAAUGAUGAUGACAGCAGCAACAACAACAACAACAAUGCUAACAAUAUUCAAAAGGUUAGCAUCAGCAGAGUCUCUCCCAUGGAGAGAAUUCCAGAGAGGGGUGAUGCCAUCAUCACAGAAGCAACCAGAUACUCCUCUGCUUCAUCCUCUGUGGACAGCUAUGCCCAAAUCAGAAACUACAGAGCCCAAUCGUUCCACACGGCAACUCCAACGGCUUCCUCAGAAGCCAGCUGGAACAGCCAGACAGGGUUGCUAUCUCACCCUCCAGGGGCAAUCCCUGUCUCAAUGCAAAACCCUCAAAACCCUAAAAACCUCCCAAACCCCAAAUUCUCCAAAUCAAUUUGGCUCCUAAGGCGGAAAUGUCCUUGCACGGGGAAAAAAUCAGUUCGAGUCAAAGAAUCAACACAAGAAUCCAAAUCUCAGAUAUCGCAACAAGAAAGAGAUUACGAACAUCACAACAACAACAACGUUCGUAAUCACAUCACACCGAAUAAUUGGAUUCUGAAUCAAACCCCAGCACCAAUACCAGCAUUAGCACCAGCAACCGCAACAAUUGUCGCUGCAAAAUCGCAACAAUUUAAUAAUUCUAACUCUCACAGAGUUGUUAGCUCUGUGAGAGUACCGUUCACUGAUGGAUUCACUUUCCCUGUGCUACACCCUAACAAUUCAAUCUCGAAACUAAAACUCGCGAACGUUAACAGCGUCGUCGAGGAAGAUCCGCCGCGUGAAUCCCUGGAGGUUUUCCGUCCGCCGGACGAGCCGUCUCCGAAUCCGUCGCCGAAGCAGCUCAACUUCCCGUUCCCGGCGAAGGCAAACGUCGUGGAAGACGACGCCGCGAGCGACGCGAGCUCCGAUCUCUUCGAGAUCGAGAGCUUCUCCACCGCGACGCAGUCGACCUACCCCGCCGCGUACCGCCGCAACAGCAGAGACUCGUUCGACGAAGCCUCCGCCACCGCCUCCGCUUCCGCCUCGACCUCCACCACCGCCACCGCCACCUCCACCGCGACAGGAUUCUUCUACGGCAGAAGAAGCAUGGACGAAGGUUCAACCACUCCAACGAUAACCGAAUGCUACGAGCCGAGCGAGGCGAGCAUCGAGUGGAGCGUGACCACCGCGGAGGGACACGACGACGCCGUUUCCAACGGCGUCGUCGUCGAAGAAAAGUGGAAGCGGAAAGGUGGAAACGGUUUGUUGGUGAGCUGUCGGAGCCAGAAGGCGGUUAGCGUGGGGCCGCAACCGGUGAAAUGUGGAUCAGAGGGACAAAGAAAUGCCACGUCAUCGUUAUCAUCACAUGUGAACGUGAUUGGGAGUGUAAAUAAGCCACCACUUGCUCAUGCUAGGGGUCACCGCAACGCACCUCGCGUGUCGCUUGCUUUCGCGACAUAGCCAUUUGCGUUGCGCGCGCGCGCAUUCAUGCACCUUCUCUUCUUCUCUCCCAAACAAACAAGACCCCGAGAAUAACGUCCGCGCGCGCUUUUUCCGUUUUGUUUGUUCCUUCCUCCGUUUUGAAUUAUUCUGUCGCCUUUUGUUUUCCUGUUCCAUUUAUAUAUAUCCGUUGGGGUCACGUUCUUUU